UACUAAGCUGAUUAUAUCUGCUACCUUUUCAGGCUAAAGAGAAGGAGAACCAAACACCACGUAAUAUGUCAAUUUCGGGAGGCCAACAUACAUUUUAUCUGUAUACGACUGAGUUGGCUACGUCGGAUGACGGUUUUGUAGGGAACUCGACUUUUAAGUUCCAUCAACUUACGGUAGGUUCUACUUAUCGCUUUUGGAGCGCAGUCAGCAACAAAAAUGGUGGUGUUAUGAAGAGGAGUCCCAGUGAAAACAUAGUGAUUUGUGGUGGAACUUUUGAGGAGCCUGAUGAUACUCACAUACAGGUCAUUGAUGUGAAUAAUAAGUCACCGAAUAAAAGCAAUGCUGUGGCCCUUCUAUUCACGGACACAAAGCUAAACAAGCAGUAUGCAAUGAAAGGAAUUGGAUGCGGACAAGAAAUCCAAACCGAAGAAAUUUCUUUGCACGAUGACGAAAGCGAUAUCUUUGAGCCUGACUAUUUCUGGAGCUACACCAUGCUCAAACACGUCAAAACCGGCUGCUAUGUGGGAUGUGACUACACUGGAAAAGUGACUUUGGUGGAAAAUUCAAAGCCCGAAUUUCCUAACGCUGAGAUUCUGUUCAUCGCCAAUGCACCUUAAACUGAUUUACACAGCAGAAGACUCAGUGGUGGGUGUUCUGAGUGAAGUCAGCUCACUAUUUGACCAUUUUGAUCCGCCUGUGAGGCACUGAAAUAUUAGAUGAGACUACCGUCUACAUUCGUUAAUCUGUUUUUAAUCAAGUAAAUAAAGUACUCUUAUCACAAAUAG